AUGGGGGCGCCUGCAGGUGCGAUGCCGCCGUGGUUCGAGCGCUUCCUGAGGGCGGUGUUCUACGUGCCCUGCCCCGUCCACCGGGACAACCGGAAGUGGUGCAACCUCUACUGCACCGACUGCAUGACGCCGGUCUGCUCCGACUGCCGCGACGACGGCGGCAGCCACUGCCGGCGGCACAACCACCUGAUACUCCAGGUCAGUCUCGCGACCCCCGCCCGCCGGAGGAACAGGAACAGGCACAGGAACAGGAAUUAGUGACAGGAAUCCUCUCCGAUGGGCCCGGAGGGCUAACCCCCCGCCGGGAUUCUGUGCGCAGGUGGUCCGAUCGUCAUACCAGGCGGCGGUGCAGAUCGACGGGACGAACGGGAUCGGGAAAUUGUUCGGCGGCGACGACGACGACAUCCAGGUCUACCGGGCCAACCGCGUCAGGAUCUACUACCUCCACAGCAGGGGGCCGAGCAAGGCGGACGCCGGUAGGGCCAGCCCCUAUCUCUGCCGCGCCUGCAGCUGGCCUCUGCUCGACGCCGACAAGCGCUUCUGCUCCAUCAGCUGCAAAGUGAGUUGCAGAAAUCCCAAAACUCUCUCCCUUCCUUCUCGCUGGCGAGCUUCCGGCUGGAUCUCCGAAUGGCUUCCAUAAUAAAUUUAGCUGGAAUGGGGGGAAUGCAGCUCAUGCCGGAGGAGGAACCCCGCCGGCGGCUCCACCACUGCCGCGAUCCUUCGUAUCCAGUGCCCCUCGGCGGCGGCGGCGGCUUCGACGGUGACGAGGGCCCAGUAGGGGGAGAGCUCGGCGGGGGCGGCGGCGGCUCGCUCUCCAACGCAGCCUCCUACGAGCAGGGGAAGGGGGACAAGCGGAAGGCGAAGUGCCCGAGGAGAUCGCCAAUGUUCUGA